UUUCUCAAGUGGGAGCCGAUGAAAGGGGCUUCGGGAGCGGAACAUCCGGGGCUCAGCCAGGACGGGACACCCCUGGCCUGCCUCGGGCUCCUGGGCAAAUGCAGAGCUGGGGGAGCAGGUGCUGUCCCCAGCAGUCCUCCCGGGGUGCAUGUGGCGCCUGGGUGUUUCCUUCCGUCUGUCUGUCUCUUUAUGCCCCUCGCUCUCUUCCCUGCGGUCCCUUCCGUGCUCACACCCCACAAGCAGAGGUCCCCGGCAGAACUGAUGGAGGAAGUGCCGCUGCAGACCCCGCCACUUCCUCCCACGUGGGCUGGGCGGGGCCGGAGGAGGCUGGCACAGCCAGGUGACACUCCCCGCCUGGCCACCAAAGCAGCUGCGGGGUUAACGCCCGGGAGCAGGGCCACCUUCCCCCAGGGCCUUGGGAUGGACCUGUGUCACCCAGGCAGUGGGUGGCCAGGUGCCGCCCACAGCGCUGCCCUCCGGGUCUCCUGCCCACUGUCUCGGGGACACCUCCCGCAGGCCUCUGGCUCUCAGAUCUGCAGUUUCUCCUCGAGCCCAGCACUGACCAACCACCUGUCACCAGGCUUGGGGGUCUCCCCCUCCUCAUGAGGUCACAAGGGGCAGGACCCCAAGCUCUCCCAAGAGCCUGGGCCUCCCCAGGGCCUCCGCACCCCGUGCUCCCCUGGCUCAUCUGUUCGCUGAACGCGCUGUCACCAUUGAUGGCCAGGUCCCCUCUGACUCUGUUCUGACAGGGGCAGGAGAGUCGUCUGAUCCCAGGGGUCCACCUGGCUGUGCCUGUUCUGUCCUCGGUCCCCACACAGGACAGGAACCUACCUGCCGGACGACGGUCCGAGCCCUUUCGAGGGGCUGGCUGAGAGCCCACGCCCAGCGCUGCAGUGCAGACACCUUCCCUGGCUAGGGGUGGGCUCCGCGGUCACCCUCCAGACUGGUGGCCAGCUCAGAGCUGUGGUCCCCAGGGUCACAUGGGGGAGUGGGCCCCAGGGGCAGUGAUCACCCUGCCCUGCCCCCAGGACAUGGCCUCACGCUUUACUCACUCUUAGCUGGGCCUGGGGCAGCGCCGUGGGCUCCCCACAGCCUUCCCCCAGCAAUGACGGGGCCCCAUAGUGCCAGCGUGAGGUCCAGGACCAACGUCCACUCCAACCCCACGUCUAUAGACCAGGAAAGUGGCCGUGAACCAGGUGGACCCUGGGCAGGCUGGACCCAGCCAGAGCCCUGCUCAAGAUCUGGCCUCUGUAGGCCCCACUCUGAUGGGACCCAGAUGACACUUCUGUCCUAAGUGCCCCUGUCAGCCUGGGUCCUGUGGCCAACAUCCUCAAAAUAUGUGGAGAUCCCCGUCCCCCCAAUAGGUGGGGCAAUAGGUCACAGGUGCUUUUUUACAAAGAACAGGAAGUUGUCACCAUAGAUCUUUGCCACAGUGUUACAGGGGAGGGCCUGAAAACUGGGUCAAGUCAGAAAUGAGGGGAGGGGGCUGCACUUUUAGUGGAGUGGCUGUCCCUGGGAGGGGACAUCCUUGGGCUGAGCCAGCUAAUUCCCAGGGAGGGACCUGGCUGUGAGUCAUGGGCAAGGUGCACCCCAGCAGUGGGGGGACGGGUGGCUUGUUCCUGAGGAGGACAGCUGGGCACUAUGCACGGGCUGGACCUUCCUAUGUGCUGGAUACUUGUGGGUGUUUGACAUUCCUGACAGCCACCCUCUGAGACGCAGCCGAGCUGAGCAGUGGGGAGGCCGAGGAGCUGCAGAGGAUCAGAUGGCACCGGGACCAGCUCCUGGAGGACAUCCAGAAGCUGAAGGAGGAGAUCGCGGAUGUGUUUGCCCAGAUCGACUGCUUCGAGAGCGCCGAGGAGAGCCGGAUGGCCCAGAAGGAGAAGGAGCUUUGCAUGGGAAGGAAGAAGUUCAACAUGGACCCCGCGAAGGGCAUCCAGUACCUCACUGAGCACAAGCUGCUGACCCCGGACGUCCAGGACAUCGCCCAGUUCCUGUAUAAGGGCGAGGGCCUCAGCAAGACGGCCAUCGGCACCUAUCUGGGGGAGAGGGACCCCACCAACCUGCAGGUCCUCCAGGCCUUUGUGGACUGCCACGAGUUUGCCAACCUCAACCUCGUCCAGGCCCUCAGGCAGUUCCUCUGGAGCUUCCGGCUGCCCGGGGAGGCCCAGAAGAUCGACAGGAUGAUGGAGGCCUUCGCCGCCCGCUACUGCCUCUGCAACCCCGGGGUCUUCCAGUCCACAGACACCUGCUACGUGCUGUCCUUCUCCAUCAUCAUGCUCAACACGGGCCUGCACAACCCCAGCGUCCGCGACAGGCCGCCUUUCGAGCGCUUCGUGUCCAUGAACCGCGGCAUCAACGACGGCAGUGACCUGCCCGAGGAGCAGCUUCGGAACCUCUUCGACAGCAUCAAGAGGGAGCCCUUCUCCAUCCCUGAGGACGAUGGCGGCGACCUCACCCACACCUUCUUCAACCCUGACCGUGAGGGCUGGCUGCUCAAGCUGGGGGGCCGCGUGAAGACCUGGAAGCGGCGCUGGUUCAUCCUGACGGACAACUGCCUCUACUACUUCGAGUUCACCACUGACAAGGAGCCCCGGGGGAUCAUCCCCCUGGAGAACCUCUCGGUGGAGAAGGUGGAGGACCCCAAGAAGCCGUUCUGCCUGGAGCUGUACAACCCCAGCUGCCGCGGCCAGAAGAUCAAGGCCUGCAAGACAGACGGCGAGGGCAAGGUGGUGGAGGGCCGGCACGGCUCCUACCGCAUCUCGGCCUCCAGCGCCGAGGAGCGGGACCAGUGGAUCGAGGCCAUCCGGGCCAGCAUCACCCGUGUCCCCUUCUACGACCUGGUCUCCGCUCGGAAGAAGAAGAUCGCCAGCAGGAAGUGAGGCUCCCGGGAGGUGGCACGGGGCCGGCACCCUGGUCCCCUGGACUUGUGGAACCCCUCCCCCAGGGCGCCCUCUCCGGGCCACAGACACCGCCACCCGCCAGGGGUGGGCAGGACGGAGGACACAGAGCCUGGCUGUGAGACCGACGCGCAGCUCUGGGGCGAGCCCGGAGCCCUGGCCCAGGCCCACUGCAGUGAGGGCCAGGAGAAGGGCGGAGAGAAGCCAGCUGGACCCGGACACCCAGCCCUCCCUGGGCAGCCUGUCCUCAGCCCUUUGCUCUCAGAAGUUCCGCAGCCCUCCAAGCGGGGGGCUGAGGCUCCUGGGGCUUCCGCCCUCGCCAACCCUCCACCUGCUCAGGUCUGCAGGUCGGGCCCCACUCUCGCUGCCUGAGACCCACGAACAGGACCCAGGAGCCCAGACCCACGGUCCAGACCUACCUCUGGCCCUCCCCGCGCCCUCGGCCAAGCCGGGCCCCUCCCUGGUUCCUGCAGAACCACAGAGUUUGGACUGGAAACGUCUGGGCCUGCGGGUUCCAGGCCCAUGAGCAGCUAGGGCCGGUGGCACUGGUCUGCUGAGCUGGGUGACAGUCCUGGCUGCUGGGGGAGCAGGGCAGACUCCACCCCAGGCUGUCCACCUGGGAGGCAGGACAGGCAGGACUCCAGCAGGACGGUGCUGCCAUCAGGGUGGAGCUUUGCAGGCCUGGUCCCCAGGAGGACUUCCUGGAGGCAGCGGCCAAACCCAGGAGCAGCACACGGGGUCCAUGCGUGGAGAGGCAGCGUCUCCCUUGGUUUCCCUGCUGGACCCUGGCCAGCACCGCCACGGUAGUGAGGGGUGGCACAGCGGGUCCCAGCGCCCCAGGCCCUGCCCAGUGCAGCACAUGGGAGAGCAGGGCCACCAACCCCAGGCAGACAGCUCUGUCUCCAGGGAGGCUCCGCCUGGAGGAGGAUCCGGGGACAGUCUUCCCAGAAGCUCUGCAGGGAGCCUCCCUGGCAAGGCAGCAGGAAGCGGGCAGCAGGUUCCCCAGGAGGAGCCGCAGUGGCCACGUGGCCCUCCGCCCCCCGCCCCACCCUGGUGCACGCUGUCCAGGGGCCAGGUGGAGAGGCCACAGAAGGUGGUGGGAGCUCUGUCUGGAGAUGGCAGGUACCUGGCAGCCGUGUUGCACCCCUGCGGGCAUCGGCAGGACAUGUGGGGACUUCUUCGGAUCACAGCCUGUGGCGCCGCCCCAUUAGGCCAGUGAAAGGGCCUCAGGGGUCCGUGGAAGGAACACUGGCCGGGGGCUGAGGUCAAGGUCCUCUCCUGCCUCUGGCUCACGUGAACUCUGCGACCUUCAUCUAUUCCUGCCCUCGCUGGUCCCCAGCUCCUCCCAUCAGCAAAGGACAGGCACGAGUGGCUGAUCUGAUGGUCUCUCGGACAGAGGACAGAAUAAAGUCCCCGUCCAGCGCG